AUGGAGACCCAGAGGGCCAGCCUCUCCCUGGGACGGUGGUCACUGUGGCUACUGCUGCUGGGACUAGUGCUGUCUUUCACCAGUGCCCAGGCCCUCAGCUACAGGGAGGCCAUGCUUCGUGUUGUGGAUCAGUUCAAUGAGCAGUCCUCAGAAGCUAAUCUCUACAGCCUCCUGGAGCUAGACCUGCCUCUCAAGGAUGUGGAGGACCACAGUGCUCGAGAGCCUGUGAGCUUCAGGGUGAAGGAGACCGUGUGUCCCAGGACAAGCCAGCAGCCCCCGGAGCAGUGUGACUUCAAGGAGAAUGGGCUGGUGAAAAAGUGUGUUGGGACAGUCAGCCUGGACCAGUCCAAUGACCAGUUUGACCUAAACUGUAAUGAGCUUCAGAGUGUCAGGAGAUUUCAUCCCCAGUGUCAACAUCUCCGAAGGGAAAGGCCAUGGCCAAAGCCAUUACCAUUACCAGUGCCAAGGCCAGGGCCAAGGCCAUGGCCAAAACCAUUGUGAUAAUCACUGUGAAGGCCAAGGUCAAGUUUAGCGCUGUGUCCAAGACCAAUGCUAAGUCCACAUCCAUUCCUGCUGACAUCUCCCAUUCCAAGGUUUCCUGGGAAAUGGUGAAGGAUUGGCUGCCAUCAUACCCGUUAAAGAAUUUUGAUGAAUCCUGAGUCCA